AUGGGCAAUGAAAUAACACGACUCACAGCUGUCAAGUUGAUAGUAUGCAGAUUCACUGCUUUUCUUGGUUCUGUUGCAUUUUCAAAAUGUUCAUUCCUUACAGGCAUUUGCGCUCACAGCUUUCCUUCGAAAGAAGGCCAACAGAGCACUCAGGCAGGCAACAUUGGGACCCUAAAUUCUCUGGUUGUCACAUAUGGUGGUCAAAUUGGCUCGUCCUCUUAUGAAACGAUAAUAGCUGAACUUUCUACUCUCAUAAGUGACAUCGAUUUGCAUAUGGCUGCUCUUGCAUUGGAGCUGUGUUGCACAAUAAUGGUUGACAGAAGAUCCAUUAAAAAUGUCAGUUUAGCUGUGAGACAUAAAGUUUUGCCUCAGGCCCUUAUUUUGAUCAGGAGUGCUUUGUUGCAAGGACAAGCACUACAGGCGCUACAGAAGUUUUUUGCUUCACUGGUCCAGUCUGCAAAUACAAGCUUUGAAACAUUGUUGGACUCCCUUAUUUCAACUGCCAAGCCAUCACAGUCAGGCGGUCUUUCCAAGCACGCACUAUCCUCUAUUGCACAGUGUGUUGCUGUGUUAUGCUUAGCAGCUGGUGAUCAGAAAUGUGCAUCAACUGUUGAAAUGCUUAAAGGCAUUCUAAAUGAUGACAGUUCAACUAAUUCUAAAAAGGCCUUCAUGAUGCUCGAGAGCCAAACGUCCAUAUUCGCUCUCUCUCUUUAUAUGAUGAAAAUAAUUAUUUAUAAGUGA